GGCCUCUGAUCCAGUCUUCCGGUUUCAGGAGGACCCUGUGUCGCGAUCACCUUGUUUCCCCUCCGGAGGCCUAAUCGCGAGUCACCCAGUGUGGACGGAAUGAUUUCCGGACGGGCCCCGCAGUUCAUAUCCGCCCGCCCGGAGCGCUCUUCCCUUCCCGCCUCCGCCUCCCUUCUCGGAGCGACCUAAACACGGGCUCGGGCCUCCAGCUCCGCGGGUCCUGGGGGGCGGGGAGCAGGUUUGAUGAGUCACCCCCCCCCCGGCCCCCGAGGACGAAGCCUCCACGUCUGUCUGUCUGUCGGCCCAAGAGUUCCAUGGCCUCUGCUUCCCGCUGGCAACGCCGAGAGCGCCGCUUCCGGCGGUACUUGUCGGCAGGGCGGCUGGCGCGGGCCCAGGCUCUCCUCCAGCGACACCCGGGCCUCGAUGUGGAUGCCGGGCAGCCCCCUCCCCUGCACAGGGCCUGCGCCCGCCACGAUGCCCCAGCUCUGUGCCUGCUGCUGCGUCUCGGGGCUGACCCUGCCCACCAGGACCGACACGGCGACACGGCGCUGCACGCUGCAGCCCGCCAGGGCCCUGAUGCUUACAGGGACUUCUUCCUGCCUCUGCUGAGUCGCUGCCCCUCCGCCAUGGGGAUAAAGAAUAAGGAUGGGGAGACUCCUGGGCAGAUUCUGGGCUGGGGCCCCCCCUGGGAUUCUGCCGAAGAGGAAGAGGACGAGGAGGUUUCCAAGGAGCGGGAAUGGCGGCAGAAGCUGCAGGGCGAGCUGGAAGAUGAGUGGCAAGAGGCCAUCGGGAGGUUUGAAGAUGAUGCUUCUCACGAGGUGCAGGAGCCCGAGUCCUUCUCAGCCUGGUCAGAUCGCCUGGCUCAGGAGCAUGCCCAGAAACGGCGGCAGCAGCUAGAGGCAGAGAGAUCCUGCAGACCCCAAAGGGCGGAGGGCUCCAGUCACAGCUGGCUUCAGCAAGAAGAGGAACAGCGGCUUUUCCGGGAGCGAGCCCGGGCCAAGGAGGAGGAACUGCGCCAGAGCCGAGCCAGGCGGGCUCAAGAAGCUCAAGGGGGCAGAGAGACAGAUCCUCUCCAGCCUGGGCCUGGGGCAGAGCACCCACGAGGGGCAGGGAGGGGCAGCCUCUGGCGCUUUGGUGACGUGCCCUGGCCCUGUCCUGGUGGAGGGGACCCAGAGGCCAUGGCUGCAGCAUUGGUGGCCAGGGGCCCCCCUCUGGAGGAACAAGGGGCUCUGAGGAGGUACUUGAGAGCCCAGCAGGUCCGAUGGCACCCUGACCGCUUCCUGCAGCGAUUCCGAAGCCAGAUUGAGACCUGGGAGCUGGGCCGCGUGAUGGGAGCGGUGACAGCCCUUUCUCAGGCCCUGAACCGCCACGCAGAAGCCCUCAAGUGACCCAGGGGGAUGGGCAAGAACCUGUGUGGGUGUAGCCUCAAGGAUGGGCAGGAAGAGGCGCAAGGUCAUGGAUGGGGAUGGACAGAGGCAGGCCCUGCACAGAGAGGAUAUGGGGCAGGCUCACGUAAUGGGUGCGGGGGUGGGGCAGGGGAGGCUCUACCACUGCUCUUGACUGCCGCUUCCUAAUAAGACCUGGUUCCCCCGCUCACUCCAG